AUGAAAAAGAGAAGCCAAAAGAGAAGAGAAACCAAAAGAUACGCCUGUGCUAAGUGCUAUAGGAUUGGGAAAGAAAGAAGAGAAAAAAGAAGUUUUGAGAGAACUUUCUCCAUACAAGGAAGAAGAACCAUUACCAUCACCUCCUAAGAAGGAAAGAAAAGAGGAUAAUUCUACCAAGGAUAAUAGCACAC